CCAGGAUGCUCGCUGAGGCGGCCAUUCAAAUCGGAUAAUAACCCGAGGGGAAGAAAAUGGCGGCGGAGGGAGCGACGCAGGGCACAGAAGGCGGGCUCGGCGGCGGAGCGGAAGGGCGCGAGGGUCCCGGCGUGGCGGUGGCUGUCUCCUCAGGGCCUGCCUCUCUCAGCGGCGGCGGCGGCGGCGGCGCGGCCUUGGCGGUCUCCGUGGCUUUCCCCGGCUCGGUGACGCAGGAGGGCUGCUUCCGGUUCACUUGCGAACUCCUCAAGCACGUCCUGUACCAGCGGCAGCAGCUGCCCUUGCCUUACGAGCAGCUCGCCUUCUUCUACCGGAGGCAGCCGCCCAGGACCCCCGGACAGGAUGAAGAAGUGGUGAGAAAAGUCCACCUAAAAGAUAAAGACAGCAGCCAAAAGUGCCAGCAAGUGCUAAGUGAUCUUGAGGGAGUGUUCAAGCACUUGGAAACCAUGUUUACUUUGACACUGGUCCCUCGCGUUCUGAUUCUUCUCGGGGGUACUUCUGUCAGCCCUAAAGAACUGUAUGAGAUCAACCUGCAAGGGGUGUCUGUUAAGGGUGCUGAGGACAGUCUGCAGACAGCUGCCUGCAUUCGCAAGCUUUUCCAUUCUCUGUUCCUAGCAGAUGUGUUCAGCGAGCUGCAGACAGGCCCUACUAUGGGUGUCACUGUGAUGGUUCAAGGGCACCGCAAUUGUGGUGUCGACUGGUUCAGACCCAAACUAAACUACAAAGUGCCAACGCGAGGGAGGAAGCUGACUGUGAAUGUAUCAUGCAAUCAUCACAACAGUACAGGUCUUUCUGCCUAUCAGGAGAUGAACUCGGCUUGGGACGAUUACAUAUGGUUUCAAGCUCCAGUGACAGUCAAGGGCUUUCGUUUCUUUUCUUCAUAAAAAAAAAAAGGAUUUUUUUUACUAUUGUCUUUUUGAUCCACUAUAACCAAACUUUUCCCUUUUCCUAUAACCAAACUUUUCCAUAACAGUUGUAUUCCCACUCUGUUGUAUUUUUACAUUUAUGGGAAUAGCUUUUGGAGAAUGAUUCAAAGGGUCAAAACAAUGACUUAAUGAUUCACCAACUUUCCUCUACUGUGGACUUUAUUUCCAACAUAUACUUGACAUAAUUGAACCACUGCAUAAGUGUCUUAUAAUAUACUCCCAGUGAACUGUGUUCAUUGGUAAAUAAUUGUGCAAUGUUAGCAAAUGCUCAAUAAUGGUGUGAGAAGAAGGUGAAUCCCAUCUUACUAACUUUUUUUGUGUGUGUUGAUGAUGGUGGCUUGAUCUGUUAUAAGGAAUAUAGCCAUAGUCCCAAGCAACAGUGUCUCUCCAUGAAUUGAUAACAGCUUCUAAAAAAGUAGUCUCCUAAGUGCAACAAUUGCAGUGAUGAUUUCUAGGUGCUUUUUCUGAGAAAUAACUCCUCUGAGUAUUGUUAUAAAAGAUGAGAGUGGAGAACUUCAGCAAAUAGAUAAUGAUGAGUAAAACUGAGAUUCAUUCUUUGCUUUCUGAAGGACAUUUGCUCAGCUAUGUUAAGAACUGCAAUGUCUAGUGUGUGUGUGUAUGUGUGUUAGUAAAAAAGAUGGCUUGGAGUUUCCCAUUUUUUCAAGAUCUUCAUGUAGCAGCUUUAACCCUCUGACCAAGUAGUUUUGUCUGUGUGCAUCAGAUACUCCUACACGCUAGACGUUGUGCACAGCCCAUGCUAUAGCUUUAGUUUAAGUUGAUAAAGUAAAAUACCUCAUUUGAUGCUUUGACUAAAACUAAACUAGACUUUGGAAUGAAAUGAAUGUCAUCAAAUAAUCAAUUUUAAAACUGCUGUCCCACAUAACAGCUGAUCCACUUCAUUCAUGUUAAGAAAUUAGUAUGUAUGGGGCUAUUUCUAUGGAACUACUAAGGGAAGGUAGUAUUUUGUUCCAGACAAUGGUUAUCUAUUUAUUUUAUCCACUGUUAAGAGGCUGUAUGGCUUUAUUGUCCAGUUAAGGACAAAUUCAGUUAACUAUGGGAAAUGUGGCUUCCCACACUGCUUUUAAAAUUGGAAUUUGUUUUUUGGUCAGGGGAAAAAAAUCAACCUACAUGCAGAGUAGUUGAUCCAAAAUCUCUCUUUGUGGAAAGGAGGAUGUUUUCAGGCUAAAAUAGAGGCCUAUGGGGCACAGAAAAGUUUAUUAUACUCUAGUUUACAAUACGUUUUUGGGAUAUGAGCUAUUUGAACAACACUGGAACCACUACCUUCAUAGGCAAAUUCCAGAGAAGAGUGUUUAAUCUGGUAUGUUUUAAGGACUGUCUGGCUCCUAAUGACAUUUUGCAUUGUACUUGAAAAGCCUGGGAAAGGUUAAACAAACAUGCUUAUUCUAAAACAUGAAAGUACAGAAGGUAUUGUAUCAGCCAUUUGAAAACAGGCUAAGAUCUCAGGCACUGAUUUUAAUGUAUUCAAGUGUCCUUGCACAGAGGAAAGAGAAUAGGGAAAGCUCUGACAAUUUACUGAAAGUUGCCUGCAGAGUAGAGCCCAGCCCUCUGACAGUUCAAGUAGCCUUUAAAAUUACAGUGUACAUUCUAUAAUUGUGUAUAAAAUGGUGCUAUGUAAGAUAUGUGAUUAAAUAUGCUGCUCCAAUGAAUUGGUUAAUGACAUUGUCCUUUUACAGAUCUGUAAUAUGAAAUAAAUUACAGCAAGAAAGAUUUACUUGUUAUAAGAACCAA